AUGCCGUCCCUCUUCAAGAGGAGCAAGGACGACAAGUCGCCCUCCAACAUCCACCGGCCCAGCAGCAGCAGCAACAUCAGCAUCUCCGGCCGCGAUGAGGCUCUCCCGGCAUACACCCCCGAGGCCACGGCCGGUGCCAAUGCGGCGGGCGGCUCUCCGAACACCGAUAAUCAAGAGAUCGACAUAACCGCCGCAUUCGCGAACCUCUCCAUCUCGGCCACCCCCCAAGACCCCACCGUAGCCACAUGCCUUGCCCACCUCAAGCUGCUCUUCGCGAUCCAGUCCAUGAAGGAGGAUGUCGGCUACACCGACGGCCUGUGGGAUAUCUGGGACACGAGAGCCAGCAAGGACGAGCUGCCCCAAGAUGACCCCGCCCUGACCGCGCUGCCCGACGGCAAACCGGCCGAGAAGCUGGCCCCCGAAGACGAGAAGAAGAUCCUCCUCAGCAAGAUCCGCGAGAAGCGAUGGGCCUUGUUCGUCGCCCGCGCCGUCGACCGCUACGAGGCGUGGUGGGGCUCUUUGGAGAAGCAGAUGCUGCGCGAGGUGGACAUGACUAUGGAGGGCGUUGCCAGCUACAUCCUGUUCCCCUAUCGUGGCGACCAGAUGCACUGGACGCCCUUCAUGCUGCCCCCAUUAGAUGUCCUCAUGGUCAUGCAUGCACACAUGCUGAACCCCCGAUCAUUCCUCGAAGACACCCUGCGCAACGGUUUGUGCGCCCUUUGGUCGACGGGCAUGCCCUGGAACGUCAUCAAUGCUGCGAUUGAUAGCGAUUUCAACUACAGUGUAUCAGACGAUGCAAAGGCAUACUGGGUCGGUCAGACGGGUCGGAGCUGGGAGAAUGCGGACGAUUCCAUGACCAAGACGCUCAGGUGUCCCGCAUGCAGCACCUCGAUCGAGGUCCCCUGGACAACUUGUGGUUCAGACGAAACAUACAAGGGGAGUCGCCGGCCAGGACUGAUCGGCUCCGGCUACGGAGAUGGCAAGUUUCUCAUCUACUGCCCGUCCUGCUCCAUUCAAAUCGACAAGGAGCUCCUGUCUGUCGCCAAGCUCGUCAAGGACACAGAAUAUCUUCUUGCGCGCUCAGUACCUAUGCCAGGCACCAUACUCGAGCCCAGUUCAGGGAUGCCCGACAUGAUCCAGCCAGGAUAUCGCGGGCAGACCAACGGCCGCACCUUCCCCAACCGCCUGAUCAAGCGGGCUCUACGCAUCCAGAUCAUUGAUCUCAUCAGGCCUGGCGCCAAUCCUCGUCCAACGAUGGAGACCGUCCGAGACUUGAUUGAGAAAACCCUGGCGGACAACAACGCACUGAAGAAUAUCGAUGAGAUCACCACUGGCUUCGGACGACGAUAUGUUCUCAACCCGCAAGCCAGAGUUUCCGUACGCAAGAUGAUGUCUCGAUACUGGGAGAACUUCAGCCCCUUUGCGCUUGACCUAGGUGGCGCCGUGAUACGGCAAGGCAUCUUCACCGAAAAGAUGUACCGUAUCGACUGGCUUCACUCACCUUCUGCUACUGAUACCAUGACACGCCUGAUCAAGAAGUACACACGCUUCAUUGAGAUCAUGGCGGCAUAUCCCACUAAGACGGCGGUCCCCACGCUUGAUGUCGAUCUGGCCUGGCAUACUCAUCAGCUGAGUCCUAGUGCGUACUAUCGCUUCACCGUGGAGCGAACUACCAAGUUCAUCAACCACGAUGACAAGAUCGAUGAAGACAAGCUCGGACAAGCCUUUGAGUGGACGAGUAAGAUAUAUCAGGAACGGUUUGGUGAGGUGUACACAAUCCGUGCUUCUCAUAUUUCAUCCGUGGGCAAGCUUCUCGGUGUGUCAAACAAUGAGAAGAUCGCCGACGCCUUCUACAACAGCGGUGCCGCGAACAUGUGUCCGCCUAACAACUCGGCGCACAUCUCCGCACACAAUGCCGUCAAGAUCGCCGAGACGGAUGCCCGAAAUAAAGUCACAAGGCACUUGCGCCUCUACCAGCAGCAGAAGCUGGAGGCAAACUACCAAAAGGCCGUGAGGCGCGCCGAGAAAAAGGGGAGAAAACUCCCGCCGAGAGACCAGUACUAUGAUCACUGGGGCUAUUCUUACUUCAUGUACUCGCCUUUCAUCUUCCCAUUGUACUUUACCCCAGGAAUGUAUUACGGAUGGGAUCCUUGCUAUUCUGCCGCUGGUGCGGGCGCAUGGGCGAACUGUGCGGCUGGCAGCUGUGGCAAUGGCGGAGUCGCGGCCGGCGCCUGUGGUGGUCCUGGAGGCUGUGGAAACCCAGGGGUGAGCACUCUAGAUAAUAUCUUUUAA